GUUGUCAACAGUUGUCAAUUAUGUAAUUAUCAACCAAAAUAUGGGGUAUAAUUUGAAUGAAAAACAAUUACAUUCAUAAUUGAGUUUUUAAUUAGAAAAAUGAGUUUUUCUUCAAAACAAUACGAAGAUAGUGACCUGUUAAACUUUCAAUCGUCUAGCAACAAACAAAAACCAUUCGGUUUAUCAUUGACUGGCAAAAUAUUAGUGGGAAUCACAGGAGGAGUAGCCCUAGGUUUAACGGUAAUCUGUGCCCCAUUUGUAAGUCCGGCUUUGAGGAAAUACUGUUUACCGUACAUACCAGCCACCAAUGAGCAAGUAUCGAAUAUUUUCAAGGCCCUAAAAGGCUUCAGUAAGGGUUCUUUGCUGGAUUUAGGCUCAGGGGACGGUCGUAUUGUUAUAGAGGCAGCUAAAAAGGGCUUUGAAGCUCACGGUGUAGAAUUAAACCCUUGGCUAGUGUUAUAUUCCAAAAUAAAAGCAUUUAAAAGUGGAUUGAGUUCGAAGAAUUCAAAAUUUAUUAAAGCAGAUCUAUGGAAAUAUAAUAUUUCUAACUAUGAUGUUAUAGUUAUUUUUGGAGUGGAUCAAAUGAUGAAAGACUUAGAGAAAAAAUUCAACGAUGAGUGUAAACCUACUUGCAAUAUUUUAGCAUGUAGAUUUCCUUUACCGAACAUGACACCGAUAAAAACCGUAGGUUGUGGUAUAGAUACAGUGUGGCUAUAUCAAAUAAAACCCAGUUGAAACAGUUGAACCGUACUUUUUAUUGAAAUUUUUCGUGUAUCUUAUACAUCUGCGUGAAUUUUUCAAUGUAAUAAAUUGUAAGUCAUUGUAAGUCAAAUUAAAAAUAUACCUAACAAAUCAUAAUAAAAUUCCAAGGAAAAAGGAUUUAAAACAAAAUAAACUUUGAACAAUAUAUAGAAAACUACCCAUUAAUAAUA